AUGGACGUAGCACGUCUGCAGCCACAGAGCAAACAGGAACCAUCUCCGUCGUUCGCACAGCAAUUCCUCAAUGACAAAUUGCUGGGUCAAGACAAACUCCAGUUCACAAAGGUAUCCGAGAAGGGUACCGCAGAUGCCCUCUUCGCUGAGUGCCUGGAAAGCAUUCGCCACCGGCGUUUCCAGCUGGACCCCGAUGUUGACAACCGGUCGAGCGAGGCUGUCGAGAAACUUACACAAGAGGAGAGAGCGAUCGCUGCGAAGAUCUUCCAAAGAGUUGACCCGGAAAGGAAGAUCGCUCCGCGACUGGAAAGUCGAGGCUGUUACAUCGAUCCCCUAUGGGAUCCUUUCAAGCGGGUCGAGGAGCUGCAACAGCAAGUCGCCCAAGAUCUGACUGAAUUUGCAAAGUAUGGCAAAAUCGUUCCAUCGUUUGAUUGCGAUAAACGUCUUUCAAGUGAAAGAGAGAACCACGCAAAUCUCAGCGUCUUUUGGGGAGUCGGAGAGCAUGCUCUUCUUGGGUACAGGGUUCACUACGCCACCGAUCUCCACAUUCUGCACCAUUUCGUCGGAGAAAAUGGUCUGAUUCUUCCUCGGCGGACGACGCAUGCAUCUCGAUAUCAGCAGCGGUGCAUUUUCAAGGCGAUCUGCAUGGCCAGGAGGAUGGCGCUCUUUCCUUACGACUGGAAGCCGACUCAGGGGGAACUCAUGCCUGUUAUGGAUCCCUUGCAGUACCUUGUGGACGAGCUUACUUCCCGGUACAAGGCGACAGGAGACUUGCGGGCGGACGCCAUGCUCUGCGUGAUGCUUUCAAAAUACCCGAAGCUCAACUACUUCCGAUACUUGCAGUACAAAGCGCAGGGACAAAAAGCAGAAAUGGAAGCUAUGCAACAGCAGGACGAAGAGGACCGAGGCGAUUUCUCUCGACUGCUGCGGAAGUACAAACGGGCAGCAACGGAUCAAGAAUCUCGGUACCAACCGGCGACGAGUGUUUGA